AUGGACACAACUCUGCAAAAUAGACCAAGUACAGGAAACAACAGACCUCCUUUGUAUCAAGGUUCAAGUUCAAAUUACGUGCAAGCAGCUGUCAAUGCUGCAGUCAACAAAGCAGCACAACAGGCCCUUCUAGCCAAAAGCAUGACCGGUAAUCCCAUAGUCCCAGAGAAGAACAGGAAUGUUUCCACUACAAAGAAGGGUUCUCAGCGUCCAAAGGCUGGGGGAUCAAGCCAGAUAUUGAGGCAAUCAGAUAUAGACGAUGGCCUAGAUUUCUUGAACUCUACAUCAAACAGCCCAAGCUUCCCACCCUCAUUGUCCUCUGUCAAUAUGGAUAUCUUUGAGAACUCCUCGUGGAACCUAGAGCCUCAACAGACAGAAGAUAGGGAAAACACAAGGGGGAAUUCCCAAAAGAUGCAAGAACUUGCGUCUCCCCCUAUGCAGCAGAUACAUCAACGCGUAGGCAACAACUGCGUUAACGUCAAUUACGUAGAUGCAUCUAAUCUUGGGUCAGGCGAUGAUUUAGAUUUCUCAAGUCUACCGCCCUUUUCGUCAUCUAAUCAACAGCAGCAGCAUACACCAACUGACCGGCAGACCCCUCAAAACCAAGCCUAUUCUGUACCAAGUGGUAGGUCGAGUGUAGCGUCCAUGGAACCAAGUCCAAUGCAGGCAAGUCCAAUGAACUAUAAUGUCCAGGAAGGUAGCCAUAUGUCACAGAUGAAUGAAAUGCCACAUUCAAACUCUAGCAGUAGAGGUCCUCCGAGCGUUGAGACACCGUCUCAGCAGCAACAGCAGCAGAGGAGAAUGACACAGUCUCCGAUGGUGCAGAGUGGCCAUCCAGGACAGGGGAUCAAGAGAGCAGCCGCAGAUGGACACCACUUGAACAUAGCCAAGAAAGCACAUGGUGCGAUGCAUCCCGGCCGCAGAGCCACCCAACAAUCCAAUUCAGAGUCCAGACAGCAUUCUUCCAUCCACAGCAACCAGCAGUCACAGCAGUUUCAUUCGUCCACUUCCCAUACACCAAUCCAACCUGCUGAAAGUGUCUUUGACAGGGGGGAAGUCCAGCUCAUCAUGUACCCUUCACAAGGUGGAGGAGGCGGGAGGGUACAGGAGAGCAAUCGGUCCAAGAAGCGAGCCCCGAAUCCUUCAGACAGUAUUUUCGCCCGGGACCCGCACGAGAUCGACGGAACUCGCAGUACAUCAAUAUCGUUGCUGCAAGACCCCUGGUUCGGUGGGUCGACACGAACGAACGCGUCCAGUAGCAACGAGACUGCUCCUCCCACAUUCCUUCCCAACUUCUCUAGCUCACAGACCUCCCAGAGCCAAUCAGAGAGUGUUCCUUCAUCGUCGUCCACCACUUCAUCGCUCAUCUCCAACAUCUCUCCAUCUCGCCGGCUGAGACACAACGAGAUGCCCACCUACCUCCCGUCUCAUUUACCAGGACCUAUCCUUCCCAGUCCUCCUCAUACCAAGGGAAGUCACACCCGAGAGGCGGACAUCACCGCUUCCUUCAAUCCCAUGUUCACCCCUUCACGGACAGCGGGAAUCCACAGCAUGCCUGCCAACUUCCCUGUAUUUCAUGAGCACCAGCCUCCGGGUGGCUUCAACAUCGCCAAGCCCAACCAGCUUCCCGGCAGCGUGACCCAACCGCCCUUCAACUUCAACAACAUCUUCAACGAUGCCCCCCAGAUGGCGUCCAGCAGUCACGUCUCGGACGCGUCCACCUUGAACCACAGCAUCGGCCUCGCCCCGACCGUCCAUCUCCAUGGCAAUGCAUCGCUGCCCUCGGAGGAAAGUGUGCUACACGCCGGGAACAUGGGUCAGAGACACGUAGGUCAGCCUUUCGGCUUGCUGGCUCAGAACCGCCCGCCGCCGAUGGGAGUCCCAACACCGAUGGGUAGGCCUCACCAGUUUCAUAGCCCUUCUUUUAUGCCUCACCAAUUCUAA